AUGUCUGAUACCAACUCCACAUCCAAAACGAACUCAGUCGAAACACAGUCACUAACAACCCCAGUCCCCAACUCCACCACCGGCCCUACAACCCCCAACGCCUCCCAACCUCAGCCACAGGAGACAGAAACCGAGCCCGAACCCCAUCCGGAAUGGAUCCAAAGCGCCCUGAGCAUCAUCAAAGCAGGCAAGGAAGCAGAACUACAGCACCGGCAGACCGUCAAUGAGAUGAAGACCAUGGCGGAGAUGCUGGACAUGCAGGCGCCGUUCCCGGCGACUAUAAUGGCGGUGUCGGCGCUCGUGAGGGAUCAUCCGGGAGAUGCGGUGGGGAAGGCGCUCGUUGAGGGGGUCUUGUGGGGGGUUAUUGAGGAGUUGACUGAAUGA